GUGAGAAGCAGUAAUACAUCACUAAAAUCUGAUUACAAACAGAAAUUAAGACAAACAAAAUUAAAAAGUAUUCAUCCUGUAGGGAGCGGUAACGCACCUCCUUUACAUUGGUUGCAAUCCAGAAGAAGAAUCGCGGAAGUCUGACUAAGUAAACCACGUUUUCAACAACAAACUGAUAGGCCUACAUUAAAUCCUAGAAUGAAUGAAUGCUCUCCCUAAAUAGAGUGUUCUUUUUCAACUUGCAAUCUUCUCAACCAGAAAUAACGAGUUUGAUUAUCGAAUAAGUGUGCUUCUUAUCAGCCAUGACAAGAGAAAGGCGAACAAGUGAGUCUACGGUGACAUGAUUUGCCACUUUGACAUUGCAAUCAAGUUGCUGUCCCAUUGCCAGUUCGAUGGCACAGAGCUUUUCAGUUGAGAUACAUAAACUGCGAUAUUGGUCCCGUUUAUAAUGUCAGAAGCUUUAGACCACCAAAAGCGCUUUCAGACCGCUGUCGACGUUAUUCAUAAUUUGCCGAAAGAUGGUUCCUAUCGGCCCUCCUAUAAGGUGAUGCUUAAUUUCUACAGCCUCUACAAGCAGGCCAUGUGUGGCCCCUGUAACAUACCCCGGCCAGGCUUCUGGGACCCUGUGGGGCGCUACAAAUGGGAUGCUUGGAACCGGUUAGGAGUGAUGAAGAGUGAAAAGGCCAUGGCUGAGUAUGUGGAAGAGAUGAAGAAAGUAGCUCAAGAGGUUAUUGAUACCAUCCCUAUGAAUGAAAAGACGGCAUCACUGUUUCACCAUUUUGAGCCUCUAUACGUUGUUAUCCAUGACAUGCCCAGACCACCAGUGUCACUGCUGAGUAUGAAUGAAGCUGGGGAUGGCAAGGGCUCCAAAGAGGACCCCAGCUUCCAGGGUCCAGAUGUGGACCAGGAGACCUGUCAGACACCAGAGGUUACCUCCACCAGUCAGCCCCAGGAUACAUUGGAGUAUGAGGGGGUGGUGUUGACCAGUGACUCGGAGAGUGAGAUUUUCUGCGACUCUGUGGAGCUGCUUGACAAGGUAAAGGUUGACAUCCCCAAAUCAAAUGGUCUUUACAGUGGCCAUCCCUCUUCAGGGCCAUCCUCAGUCGGAGAACAGCAGGAGUCUGCUGUUCCCCAGGCCACUCGGAUGGGGGCGGGGCAAGGUGGAGAAGGAGCGGAGGAUAGAAAGGCUCCGCCCAUCAGGAGAAGUCGAGAUGCUGGAAGGAAUGGAAUGCAACAUGAAUGGAGAGAACGUGGUGUUACCCCAGGCGGCCCAAGGCAGGUAGGUGGAAUGGGAGCAGAGUUUGGGGACGGAGCUGGCAGAGAGGGAGGAGACGGGUCAGAAGGAGGAGCUGAGAGGCUGCAGGACGUUCUACUGCAGCAGCAGAUAGUGCUAGCCCUGCAGAGGCUCAGGGAGGAUAUGAGGAGCGUCAUGGAUAGACUGGAGGUGGUGGAGAGACUGGCUGCAGCACAUUUUGAGAAUACUGAUUGGAGACCAUGCAUACAGCACAAUGCAGCCCCCAACUCAGAGUCUAAGGGUGAGAAUUGGUGGGCAUUUGACGUGUCAGGUCGAACGCUAAUCCUAUUGUUGCUGUGGCCCGUCGUGGCUCAGGGCUUGGUGUUUCUCCUGAGGAAAGGGCAAAGAAAACACCACAUCCCGAUGUGACAGAAGCUUCAGAGUUUUAUAAAUGCAUGCAUUGUUUGGUUGGACAUCAUUACACAGCAACCACCUUUCAUUUUAAACACGCAGAGAUGUGUUCAUAUUUCAUGUUAUGUUGACAUUAUCAACUCAUCAGAUGCACUAAUAUAAUGCUGGGCACUAGGUGUGCAAAACCAAAUCGAAAAAAAACGAACCGUGCAACACACUACCCAUGGUUCGGUUUUCACAUGGAAGCCGCGUUUUUUUGGAUCUACGAAAAAAACUUUUUUUUCCAAACACAACGGAACACCCACAGAGCAGUGUUGCCAACUUAGCGACUUUCUCGCUAUAUCUGGCGAUCUUUCCAAACCCUCCUGGCAACUUUUAAGAUGUUGGAGUCUUACUGGUGUUUUAGAGACUCUGACAUGAAAGCACGGAUCGCAGUACUGUCCUCAACGAGCAGCGGGUGCUGCCGUGAGCUCCUCCGCCGUCCCAAAGCACUCACAGGCAGUCAGUCUCACUAUAGCCUCGCGGAGCUCCACUACUUUCCUUACUGAAGAGUUGGCAACACUGCUGGAGAGAGGCAAAUCAUACGAAGCUAGGCACGUGUAAAGUAUGCUAACCAGGACUAUUCCGGAACCUUUUUUAUUGGAUACGGCACCUUUGUCACUAUGGAAAAUGGUUUGCCGAAAUGAAAAAAAAAUAUUACUGUUUGUGUAGUGUUCAAUGUUGUUAUACAGUCCUGCUCACCAUUAUUGGCACCCAUAAAGUUUAUGUACAUAUUGUGGAAUGUCUAUAUCACAGGCAUCAUGAAAUCUGAAGAUUAUCAAGCAAUUCUAGAGGGAAAUGUCAUGCCUAGUGUAAGGAAACUUGGUUUGAGGCGAAGAUCAUGGGUCCUCCAGCAAGAUUAAGACCCAAAGCACACCUCCAAAAGCACGCAGAAAUGGUUGAAAGGGAAAAAAUUGACUGUUUUAAAAUGGCCAGCAAUGAGUCCUGUUCUCAAUCCAAUUGAAAAUCUUUGGGGGGAGCUGAAGUCUGCCUUUGGAGGAAGGAACCCUGCAAAUGUUCAAGAGUUUGAGCAUAUUGCAAAAGAAGUGUGGGAGAAAAUACCACUUGAGAAGUGCAAGAAGCUUAUAGAUGGAUAUAAGAAACGUUUCGAGGCUGUCAUCGCUGCCAAAGGGUGUGCAAACAAAUAUUAAGGAGGGGUGCCAAUAUUAAUGCACAUGCUAGUUUUCAGUUUUUUUUUGGAAUUACAAUAUUUAUGUUGAAAUAACAAUUGUCUUUGUUAAAUUACUUUGGACCUCCAAUUAAAAGAUACUGCUGAUAUAAA